CAGUCGGGAUGGGAGAGGACGCGUUGAGGAGAGAGCCCGCUCUCUUACCGUGGACAUUCUGCUGCUGAGCAGCCCGCAUGCUUUUGGAAUAAGGACUCAAAAGACUUUUCGUUUUGCGUCUCUCUCUCUUUCUUGAUCUCUUUCUUUCCACCAAAGGAGAUUCUUGAAUGCAAGAUGUGGAAGAUCGCAGGUGAGGGGAGACGGAAAAAUGUCAUUUGCUGUCGAUGAGAUAUGCGCUCAAGUCCCAGUGGGAUAUUUCUACAGAUUAUUUGGGCACAUUUAAAAUUUUUGAAAGUCAUCCCUUGACUGAAUUAACAAAACAAAAAAAAGAAAAGAAUCAGAAUGGAUUUCUUCAAUAGCUCCAGCCUGGAGGACAGGACAGAGGCGGAUAAUAUCUCCUCCACCUCUCAGAGCCAGUACAGCCAGCUUGCUAUCUGGGGUCUGGCCGGACUUGUCAGCUUCCUCAUUCUGUUUACAAUAGUCGGGAACGUGCUGGUUGUUAUCGCCGUUUUAACCAGCAGAGCACUGAAACCACCCCAGAAUCUUUUUCUCGUCUCACUGGCCAGUGCGGACAUACUGGUGGCCACCCUGGUCAUGCCCUUUUCACUGGCUAAUGAACUCAUGGGCUACUGGUUUUUUGGCAAAAUCUGGUGCGACAUCUACCUGGCUCUGGACGUUUUGUUCUGCACCUCCUCUAUUGUUCACCUGUGUGCCAUUAGUCUGGACAGGUACUGGUCAGUGACACAGGCGGUCGAGUACAACUUAAAGAGAACGCCUAAAAGAGUCAAAUGUAUGAUUGUGGUGGUGUGGUUGAUCUCAGCCGUCAUCUCCUUCCCGCCGCUGAUAUCAAUGGACAGGAGCAGCAACGAGGCCAGUCCCCAGUGUAUCCUGAAUGAUGAGACCUGGUACAUCCUCUACUCCAGCAUUGGCUCAUUCUUUGCCCCCUGUGUUAUCAUGAUCCUGGUCUAUAUUCGGAUCUACCAAGUGGCGAAGACAAGAACCAGAACAAUGUCGGAGAAGAAGAGGGACGUGGACUCGCCACUGGAGAAUGGGAUGGACCAAGCAGAGUCAGGCAGAGGAGGGUCGUUAAAGUCCAACAGGGGCGGGAGCAUGAAAGACCAGGACCGCGAGAACGGACACUGCCAGGAACACGGGGCUCAAUCCCCGCUGCCGAACGAGCCGAAACAUCCAACGACGGACCACGACGACGACUACGACGACAGCAGCUCGUCGGACGAGAAACCUAAAAAAGGUUCCAAACACCACCACGACGACAGAAAAGACCGGAAGUCCAGCCGGAAAAGCAGCUCCGCCUCUAAAUACUCCAGCAGGAAGUCGCGUGCCAGCUCCAAGUCCAUGGAGCUGUUCUCAUCUCGCCGCAAACGCAGGAGCACCGUCAAUCGGAAGAAAGUCUCCGCCGCUCGGGAGAAGCGCUUCACCUUCGUCCUCGCCGUCGUCAUGGGCGUUUUCGUCGUGUGCUGGUUCCCGUUCUUCUUCUCCUACAGCUUGUACGGAAUCUGCCGCGAGCCGUGCCAGAUCCCAGAAACGCUGUUCAAGUUCUUUUUCUGGAUUGGCUACUGCAACAGCUCCCUGAACCCGGUCAUCUACACCAUCUUCAACCAGGACUUCCGCAGAGCCUUCCAGAAGAUCCUCUGUAAGUCAUGGAAACGUUCUUUCUGAAUGCUUCCUGCAUGGAUGGGUUUGUAAUACAGACUUUACCCAGCAGACACACAUUUAAAAGUCUUCUGACCUGACGGAUAAAGCGCUGGCUUUGGGGAGGGGGGGCUGUCGCACCUUUACAUUCAGGAAUUGCACUGGAAAUAAAGGGAUGCUUAACAGAUCAAAGGAUUGAACUGAAGUGCAGUAAAGGCUUUAAAAAACAGGAGUACGCUCAUUGAGGAGACUUUCAUUAAACACCAACCAGGCUGACUUUGGACUCUGAUGUGGGCUUCGGCUCAUUCCCCUCCUCACUGACUGCUUCUCCCCUCAUUUAAAUACAAUAAACUGACUCGUAACAGAUACCGUGAUGCAUGCACGCCCCAGCGGCCGAAUCUGCAUGAAGUGCACAGGAGGUGAAGGGUUUACAGAGACACUUGAUUUAUUAUGUGACCUCGUUCACUGAAUACAACGCGAAAGGCCUUGACAAUCUCCACACAACCGUUGUUUGUGACGUUAGACGGUUAUUAGACGUUAUCUACCUUCUCUCUUUCUGUUUUUCUCUACCUUUCUAUUACGUCACACUCUCAAGACGAGGACCAAUGGGACGAAGGGGCUCCUUGCUUACUGUUUCAGUAGCAAAACCGUUUCACAAAAAAAAAAAGAGAAAAAAAGAAGAAAAAAAAGACUCAAGCUUAAAAACUACCAAGUCGCAUUUCUGCUUUAGUGUUCUGUGUCUAAAGUGGGAACAUUUUAUCAGGACGCGUGUUUGUGUAACUUGUACAUGUGGCUAUGACGACUUGGUCUGGUCACUGGUUCAUUUCCUCUCAAAGGAAAGUGUUUGCAUCGUCCUCUGAGAAAAUAAAUGGAAUACAGCAGUAGUGCUGAGGCAGAUGGGCACCAACAGAGGCUUUCACUGUGUGUGUGUGUGUGUGUGUGUGUGUCUGUGUGUGUGUGAAAGUCACUGAGAGGACUAAGUAUAAAACGUGGAAUCGUGUUGUGAUAAAGUGAGCCAGAGAGUUUAUCUUAACCCAACUGUCAGUAAGUGAUUGUGUGUGUGUGUGUGUGUGUGUGUGUGCGUAUGCCUGCUCUCUCAAAUGGCCUGAUUCUUUCUGCUCAAGCUUCUAUUUUCCUCCCUCCUAUUUUCUGUCACGCACCUUCUUUUCCCCCUCGUACAGCCACAGUAAAAACCAAACACCUUAUGACUCUGUUGACGUGUCUGCUGCUCACUCACGCACAUUGUUAUUAUACACACAAGGACACACAAAUGACUUAUCACAGUAUUUCCACCUUGACAUUUCAAGUAUUUAUAGCCAGAAGGGCUAAUGCUUUGUUUCUUUUGUGUAUAUAAUUGAAGACAGCACAGUACUAUUGUGUGGUGCCUCAUAAUCACACAUAUAUCAAUAUGCUAAAAAAUGUAUUGUUUGUAUAAUGAACAACGCUCCGAAAGAUUUUCAUGUUACACCGACCUCUGUCCUUUUCUAAAAGAACAAGUGUUUACUUCUCUGCUUUGAGCACAUUUGAAAAGAUCAAAUAA